UUGGACGGAUGCUUUUGCUUGAGUCUUCAUUUGCUCAGAGCGAACAGCGCGGGAACUUCAGUCAAGGAUCGCCGCAGUGAUGCAACAAAAAUGUCUCAAGCGGAUUUUUCCCGAGUCCUCCACACACUGCGUUGUCUUUAUGGCCACACAUGCACAUUGGAGGAGUUUGCGGACAGAAUAGUGUUCGAAGACGGAGAGAGAGCAGCUCUCGUGCAGCAGACGGACACUGACCGCUUCAAGACUUUCGUACAGAACAUUUUUGUCUGCUACGACAAUGAGUUGCAGCAAGUGCCGAGCAGACAUCAGGUUUGCACCUUCUCUGAGCUGCUGGCCUUCAUUCUCAACAGCUUGUUAAGAAAGAGGAAGCGAAACAUAUUGGCGCGCGGCUACAACUUGUGGCGUGUGGCUCAGGAGGAGCGAGACGCCGACCACCUGAAAUUCCAGGGGGAUGUGACCCAGUGCGCCGCCUACUUCCUGUCCAGCGACCUGUGGAAGAAAGUGUGCGCGCGCCUGGGCACUGACCUCACACGCUACCUGCUGGAGAGCUGCUCCCUCUUCAUCGCCGUGCCGCCUUCGUGCGCCCUCCAGGUCUGCGGCGCUCCUGUUUACGACCGGGUCUCCAUGACCGCCGUGCCCUCGGGGUUCUCCCUCCGGGCUCGGUCCAGAACACAGCGAAACGCCGCCGCCGUGAGAAGGAGACGUGACAUCAGGAGCGAGAAGAAGCGCAGAAGGGACGCCAGGGUGCACAGCAGGAAAAGGAGGAGAGAGGAAGAAGAGAUGUCCGCCUCGACAAAGAGGAGGCGUGUCGGAGAGUGUGACGCUUCAGAAGUUUCCGUGGAGCCUGCAGGAGGAAGCUGGAAAGCAGCAGCUGAAACCAGCACAACUCUUUUGGAAGGAACUCCUAGUUGGAGAUCUGGGACUUCUCCCCCCUUGCCUCCCUCGCAGGUCUUUGUACGCACCAGGGCGCUGAUGUAUGGCGGCAGCGGCAUGCCAGCCUUCCUUCUCAACAAGAAGAAGGGAGGGAGAAGACUACAGGCUCAGGAUUUAGUCCGAGUGGUGUUCUUUGAAGGACUGCCCUACCUCCGUGGCGUCCAGAGAAAACCAAAGAAGCUUCCACGGCGUUUUUUCAACAUGGUCCCGCUUUUUAGCCAAGUGUUGCGUGAACACAGGAGGUGUCCUUACGCCAGGAUCCUGCAGAGGGUGUGCCCGCUCCUUCCGCCCCAACACUGUGCUCCUCACAGGGUCUACCUGUUCGUCAGGGAGUGUUUGUCCAAAGUGGUCCCAGCAGCGCUCUGGGGCUCCGGGGAAAACCGCCGCCUUUUUUUGGCGCGCGUCAGGAGCUUCUUGCGCAGCAGCAAGUUUGACAAGGUGUCGCUUGCUGAGCUGAUGUGGAAAAUGAAGGUGAACCACUGUGACUGGUUGAAGCUCAGCAAGACAGGCAGGGUCCCACCCAGUGAGCUGGCCUAUCGCACUCGAGUCCUGGGUCAGCUGCUGGCUUGGCUUCUGGACGGAUACGUGGUCCACCUGGUGCGGGCCUGUUUCUACGUCACAGAGAGCAUGGGGCAAAAGUACGCCCUGAAGUUCUACAGGCAUGAUGUCUGGGCCAAACUGCAGGACCUGGCCUUCAGAAGUCAUGUUUCCAAGGGCCAGAUGGUGGAGUUAACUCCUGCUCAGGUGGCAUCGCUGCCUAAAAGCACCGUGGUCUCCCACCUUCGCUUCAUCCCAAAGGCGGAUAGCAUGAGGCCCAUCACUCGACUUCUGAGAGCAGACGCCAAGACCAGGUUCUUCCAAGGGCACGUGCGUGAUUUGAGGGAUGUACUGCGGUUUUGCGUGCGCUCCAGUCCAUCCCUGCUGGGAUCCACAGUUUGGGGGUUAACCGACAUCCAUAAGGUGUUGUCUUCUCUUGCUGCAGCCCAGAAGAAGAAGCCACACCCCCUCUUCUUUAUUAAGGUGGAUGUCAGCGGAGCGUACGAAAGUCUGCCUCAUGCCAAACUUCUCGAUGUGAUUGGCCAAGUGCUGUCAACCAUCCAAGACCAGCCCUUUUCCAUUCGCAGCUAUGCCAAGGUCUGGGCGGACCUUCACGAGGGCCUGAAGAAGUCCUUUGUACGACAGGACAACAUGGGUGCCACCAACAUGAAGAGCUUUGUGUCAGCGCUGCAGAGAAGCUAUAAAGUUCAUCAUGCCAUACUGGUGGAGCAGAAGCUUUCCUCAGAUAUAGAUGGAAAAGAAGAGCUGGAGUUCUUCAAGCAAAUGUUGACUGGCAGUGUUGUACGCUUCGGGAAGAAAACAUACCGUCAGUGUCGCGGGAUUCCUCAGGGCUCUUCUGUGUCCAGUCUGCUGUGCUGUCUGUGCUACGGUCACAUGGAGAAGGGCCUGUUCCAAGGCAGUGAGAGACUCAAAGGACGGCUGAUGAGACUAGUGGAUGAUUUCCUUCUGAUCACGCCUGACCUCCGUGAGGCACACAACUUUCUCAGGCUCUUGCUGGCCGGCGUCCCCCAGUACGGGCUGGUCAUCAACCCGCAGAAGGUGCUGGUCAACUUUCCCUCGGUUUCCCUGGCCAACGUCCGCACCCUGCCCUCCCACAGCCUCUUUCCCUGGUGCGGCCUGCUGCUGGACCCACACUCGCUCAGCGUCCACAAUGAUUACUCCAGGUACGCCGGCCUAUCUCUGCGCUACAGCCUCACUUUGGGCUCCUUCCACUCAGCCGGAGAGCAAAUGAGGAGGAAGCUGAUGGUGGUCCUCAGACUCAAGUGCCAUGCCCUGUUCUUGGACGUGGAGAUCAAUUCCCUGCAGGCAGUCUACAAGAACAUCUACAAGUUGGUGCUGCUCCAUGCAUUCAGGGCUGCGUGGAGGCUGCAAGGCCCUGGCCGCCAUCAUUCCGUACGACGCGGUCAAGUUGCUUUUCUGCCUUUCCUUUUUGCUGGUGUUGUCACAGCAUCGUGCCGUUUACAAGAAGAUGCUGCCCCAGCUGCAGAAACGAAAACGUCAUCUGGAGCGGCGCCUGGGAGACUUGAAGCUGGCCCGAGUAAGACAGGCUGCCAACCCAAGGACCCCUGUGGACUUUUUGACCAUCAAAAUGUAAUAAGCCGGUCAGAUCCCCCUCAGCAGGGUCACAUUUUGGGUAAGAAUGUUCUCAGCUUAAACCUUCGUUUUUCUGCCAAACUGUUAGAUUUGUCGGAUUUAAUAUUCAGCAACGUUGAAAUAUCAAUUAUUAAUGUGCAGUUUUUUUCUUUCAUUUGAUACAUAGCACUUUAACAUUGAUCACAAACCUGGCCCAGAAUCCAACCACUGGAUAAAUAAAGGUAAUUAAUUGAAAAAUCCUUCAGUACAAAUAAAUACACACGUUUGGACUUUCAUUUAAAAGUAAUGUGGUAUUUGUCAAUGUAAAACUUCAAAUAUCCAUAUAUUCAUCCAUCCAUCACGUCUGGCCUGUUUCAAUUGCACAUACUGUAUGAUGUUUGAAUGCAAAAUUGUAAUAAAGACAAGUACCUGGUUUCACUUUA